CUGUCCGAGUCCGGGUCACACAGGGAAAUCGGUCCAAUCCGAGAGAAAGAGACGGCCACAGUCGGCGAAUAGAAAAUCUCUGCUGCGUGGUGGACUGUUAUUACACCCAAUGGCCUGAGUGGUAGUAACAGUGUGUCCGUGAUGCGGCUGUGAACACACUAGAUGGGACGGGACAACUCCGUAUGGGGGACGCAGGCGACAGCGGCUGGUACCAUCGCUCUUACAUGCCGGAGGGACAAAUCUGCACUCUCGAGAAAUCUCUAGGGCUUCCCGACUCCCCUCUGUCGAGAUUUAAUGUAAUGAAAUAACCAUACCGAGUAUGAACGCAUCGUAUUUGAGGUAACCACAGGAUCUGAACGCUGGGAGAUAUUCACACACAGAGGGAGAUAGAGGGCCAUGCACACACUCUCAGCCGCUUUGUAACCGCCGUGGUCGCCGUGUGUGUUUUUAGUGUCUCCUCCUCCUUCCUCUCCUUCUCUGAGCAUGGACUGACCAACAUCCCUCUCUGGAUGAUUUGAUGGGGCUCCUCAGAGUCAUGAUGCCGCCCAAGUUGCAGCUCCUGGCGCUGCUGGCGUUCGCAGUGGCCAUGUUCUUCCUGGAGAACCAGAUCCAGAAGCUGGAGGAGUCCCGGGGAAAGCUCGAACGAGCCAUCGCCAGACACGAGGUACGAGAGAUCGAGCAGAGGCACACGCAGGACGGCCUGCGGGAACGGGACUCGGCAGCAGCACUGUCCAGCAGUGAGGAUGACGUGGUCAUCAUCUACAACCGCGUACCCAAGACGGCCAGCACCUCCUUCACCAACAUCGCCUACGACCUGUGCGGGAAAAACCACUACCACGUCCUGCACAUCAACACCACCAAGAACAACCCGGUUAUGUCCCUCCAGGACCAGGUGCGGUUUGUAAAGAAUGUGACUGAAUGGAGGGAAAUGAAGCCAGCUUUCUACCACGGACACGUCUCCUUCCUGGAUUUCACCAAGUUUGGGGUGAAGAAGAAGCCCAUCUACAUAAAUGUGAUUAGGGACCCAAUCGAAAGGCUGGUGUCCUAUUAUUACUUUUUACGUUUUGGAGACGACUACAGGCCCGGCUUGAGACGCAGAAAACAAGGAGACAAGAAGACGUUUGAUGAAUGCGUAUCAGCUGGUGGCUCAGACUGCGCUCCGGAGAAGCUGUGGCUCCAAAUUCCCUUUUUCUGUGGUCACUACUCUGAAUGCUGGAACGUGGGCAGUCAGUGGGCUUUGGAGCAGGCGAAAUACAACCUGGUGAACGAGUACAUGCUGGUUGGUGUAACAGAAGAGCUGGAAGACUUUGUCAUGAUGCUGGAGGCCGCGCUACCACGCUUCUUCAAAGGAGCCACUGAGCUGUACAAAACAGGCAAGAAAUCCCACCUAAGGAAGACCAGUGAGAAGAAGCCGCCCACAAAGGAGUCAAUCGCCAAGCUGCAGCAGUCCCCCAUCUGGAAGAUGGAGAACGAGUUCUAUGAAUUCGCCCUGGAGCAGUUCCAGUUCGUCAGGGCGCACGCUGUCCGAGAAAAGGAUGGGGAGCUCUACCUGCUGGCCCAAAAUUUCUUCUAUGAAAAAAUCUACCCCAAAAACUAGAGGGAGAUACACAUCUGUAGAAGAGUGUUGGGUGUUUUGGAGGAGGACAGGAUAACUUUGUACAUGCUCAGUUGUGCACUCUUGAGACAAAAGAGAAGUGGGAGUGAGGUGAGACUUGGAGGAUUAGCUGUGUGCCUCGUUUCUGUGUGUGAUUGAGAACAUAGUACGGAGCUGCAAAAACAAUCUGGCUGUGGCGCAGCGAUCAGACUGGCAGCAGUUGUUACUCCCGUCUUUUGCCAGCCAGCUGGACGAGGAGCUCGUGUUUCUUCGUCAUCAGGUUGCGCUCCCAGCAGCUCCUCCACUCCCUUUCACUUCGAUGCCAAAGGUCGUCCAUGCCGGGGGGGCCUCUCCCGGCACGUGUCUGUAGACAACUGGCCAGCAGCUGAUCAUCCCUCCACUCCUGAUUGGCUUCUCUGUUCUUCUAUCCAGAAGAUUCUCAUUGGCUCUGUACUGUUUGGUUGUGUUUGGUUGUAUUUUAUCUCUUUGUAUGUAAAGACGUUGACAGUGAUGUGACAUGCCCAUGCCUCAUCACCACUACUAACUUAAAGAGACUAUCCUGUAAGAAACUUUGCUGUAUUAUUGGACUCGAAUAAGGACUUUUGUGGUUUUUAUGAAAUAAAAGUCCUGUCAACAUGGACCGUUUCCCGGAGCAGGCGCGUUUUAUACUGUACUUGACGUGUGACUCUUGUAAAUGUGCAGCUUUGCCUGGAGGGCAAUGAAGGAAAUGUUUACACCUUAUAUUAUUGAAGUGAGGUGAAGAUGCUGCUUCUGUAAAUAUUUACUACUUUUUGAAUCCAUUACAUUUCCUGGCAGGCAGGUUACGGCAGCCAUGUUCUUUUCCCUGUAGAAGCACUUAAACAUGGGUGUCCGCUAAAAUAUUCCCUUGCCAUUUGAAGAGUUGGGUCAGAUAUUUGGAGAAAUGUGUUUUUCUUUGUUUUCUUUGGUGAGCAACUUUUCUACCAGUAAAUUUAAGACUUUUAGCAACUAAAGCAUGAAGAGUAGAAGUGAGGAAGAACCCUUUCUGGCUUUGGGUGUCACCUAACACCAGUAUAAGCCCAAACUUUUCCUUCCAUUUCCUUUUUUUUUUUUUUUUUUUUUUUUUUUUA